AAAUAAAAUAAUCGUUGGCGGCUUUGUUGAUGGAUCUCUAAUCUAAUUAUAUCAUUUGUUCUUGAUUAGAGCAAUGUAUUAAAAAAUGAUAUUAAACUCAUUUUUAUAUAUAUACUAAUAAAUUUGUGCUCUAUGUUCUGUUCUUUGUUCGCUGUCCAUACAUUUUCCUUUUUUAUUUCUCUCACUUAAUUCGUCUUGGUCGAGUCUUCUUCCUCCAACCAAGCACAUACAGAGAGGGGCAAUACUAAAAAUCAGUUCAAUUUUUGUUUUAUAUAUAUAAAUAUUUUUUUUUAUUUUUAUAGAACGGUUGACAUUUUUUCUGUCUGCUAAUUCCAAUCGGCGGCCUAAUCUCAGUCCUAUAAUUCGGAGUCUCAUAAAUUUCCGGCAGAUUUCACGCGACAAAAGAUGAUUCUCAACUACAUCGCGGGCUUUUGAUCAACUCCGAGUCAGUGCUCUCGAUCUGCUGAGUUCCUAAAUCGUCUCCAAAAUCUGUCGGCGGCAAUUUAAGGAGAACAAUUUGAUUUUGGCUUUGGAUUUUGUUUUAGUGUUGUAAGAGAAUUGACUUAAGGAUGAUGCGAAUGAGGACUAUGAAUGACUCUGUCCGGCCACCGCCAGUCAAUGGCGGCAGCAGCCGUGAGAAGGAGUGGGAGCUUCGGCCAGGUGGGAUGUUAGUCCAGACACGAACAGAAACGGACCAAAACCGGGUCCCACCACCAACUAUUCGGGUCCGGGUCAAAUAUGGAUCGAUCUAUCACGAAAUCCGGAUCAGCUCACAAGCAACAUUCGGGGAAUUGAAGAAGAUGUUAUCCGGCCCGACGGGCCUGCACCACCAGGAUCAGAAGCUGUUCUUUAAAGACAAAGAGAGGGAUUCGAAAGCAUUCCUUGAUACAUCAGGUGUCAAGGACAAAUCUAAAAUCGUGCUGCAAGAAGAUCCUAUUAGCCAAGAAAAGCGUUAUUUGGAAAUGAGGAAAAGUGCUAAAAUGGAAAAGACUGCGAAAUCUGUAUCAGAAAUCAGCUUGGAAGUCGAUAGGCUAGCCGGACAGGUAUCGGCACUUGAAUCCGUUAUUUCCAAGGGUGCGAAAGUGGCGGAGAAGGAUAUCGUGAACCUCAUCGAGCUCUUAAUGAAUCAACUGCUUAAAUUGGACGGCAUCAUUGCCGAUGGUGACGUCAAAUUACAAAGGAAAAUGCAGGUGAGAAGAGUGCAGAAGUUAGUCGAGACUCUCGACGUGCUAAAGAUUAAAAACUCGGUGCCCCACACAAGCAACGGAAAAGAUGAGCCUCACAAGCAAAGGAGGUUUUCGAAUGCUGACGUGUCGUCCCCUGUUGACUCUCAAGGCCGGGUCUCGUUUGGGCACUCGUUAAUUGACUCUCCAGUCGAGCAGCAGCCAGCUCGACACUCAGCAGGUGGCUCGGUUGUUAUAACUACUCAAUGGGAGACAUUCGACUCGGCCGUAGGUGGGCCCUCGACUUCGGCUGGGUCGACUCGAGUGGCUCAACCGAGUUUCCCUUGGGAUUUGCUUUGAAUUAGGUGAAAAUAUAGACCAAAGGUUAUAUAUGUACCCUAGUGUGGAUUUUUCAUUUGGCAUUUUGGAUUUGUUGUUUUUGUUUCUCUUUGGGUUUGGUUUGGUUUGGUUUGGUAUCUAUUAUUGUCCAUUCUUUUCUGUAUUUAGAGUUUUGUUAGCAUCCCCUUCCUUUUUCUGUUUGUUUUUAUAUUGUCAUUUACUAUUGAAAUAAAUGGAGGCUGCUACUUUUAUAUUAGAUGACUGGUGCUGCCUUCAUGUUGUUGGACAAAUUGAACUUGUAAUGUCUCAACUAUUCAUAUACCUAUUAGAAAUUCGUAUCUAAACAUUUUCUUCCUAAUGUAUAUAUUUUCGUACUGAAA